UAUUGGUUGAUCAUGCUUACUUGUUCUCUCGUCGACUUCGUUUUUGACUUUUGUCUCUCUAUAUCGGCUCCUCCUGGACAUAGAACUUGUUCAAGGCAGAGAAACACAAUGACAACUAUCCAUGGCAGUGAUAAUCUUGCGUGGAGUGAUGAGCAAACCCGUUUCUAUCUCCAACUAAGAAUUGAUGAGAAGCUUAAAGGAAAUAUAAGGAAACAGAACUUGAACGAUGCUGGGAGACAAUCAAUCAUAGAUAAGUUUUAUGAGGCAUAUGGGGAAAGACAUCCUUGGAAAAAAUUUGGGAUCAAAUUUACUACUUGCAAGAAGCAGUACAAAUCUUUCAGAAAACUUACUCACAACAGAACUGGACUAGGUUAUCAUUCAAAUGGGAGUAUAAACAUGUCUGACGACUGGUGGAACGAGCGGUGUAAGGAAUGGUCUGGGGCAAGGAAAAUAAGAAAUAAACCAGUGGCAAAUGUGGAUUUGAUGGAAAAACUCUUUGGUACAGUUCAUAUCAGUGGAGCUGAGGGUUCGACUGCUCAGCAAGGUGAAGAGCAUCAAGAUGAUGAUCUUGGUGUUGAUGUUGAAUCAAGCCAAAACCCUCCUACUCAAGAUGCUGAUUCUGAUGAUGAUGAUGCUGAAUCAAGGCAAAUCCCUUCUAGAAAUAUUGGUAAUGGACCCUCAUAUUCCAAUGUUGGUAAUGGUCCCUCAUCUUCAAGUAGGUCAAGGGGUAGUAAAAAAAGAUUAAGGUCUGUACAAUCAGAAGAAAUUGUAGCAGAAGUGAUUAGGGAUAGUGGUCAGUCACGAGAUAAGAUUCUUGCCCACUGGAACCAACUAAUAGAGAGCCACCCUGAGAUUAGUUGUAGUCAGCUUCGAGCUAUGAAGGGUCUACACUCUCUGCCUGGUAUAAGAAUGUGGUCUCCCUUAUAUAAAGCAUCAAUUCAACAUCUCAAGCAAGAUAUAGCCAAUCGUGAGACUUUUUUAUUUUAUGAAGAUGAUGAAAACAAAAUUCUCUACUUGGAGUUUGCAACUGGUGAAAGCAGGGAUGCAUGACUUCACAAGUGUUAUCGGUUUUGUAAAAUCUAGUUUCUCUUUGUCUUUCAGAUGACCAAAGUGUUAGCAUUAUAUUUGAACUAUUAUGUAGUAGUAAAAUUAUUUUGGGAAAACAAAUGUAGUUUUUACUUGUAGUGUUGUAGAUAUUACAAUUUAAGCCAAAAAAGGUUUCUAGAACUA